UUUACAUUAUGUCUCCCACAGUUUCAUUCCGAUAAAGUGCAUCCAAGGAACCGGACAGUACUCGAUAAACAAAAAUGAAAGCUGUUGUCUUUGACGGUAAAAGCCUCACUCUAAAAUACGAUGAAAACUAUCCAAUGCCCACCAUUGUGAACGACACAGACGUCAUCGUUAAAGUUGAAUACUCUGGAGUUUGUGGAACCGACUUGCAUAUCAUUCAGGGUGAAUUUCCAGCUUCAAAGGAACGUCCACUUCCUCUUGGUCAUGAAUUCAGCGGCGUGGUCCAUCAAGUGGGGAGACGGUCCAUAUUCAAAGUGGGCCAGAAAGUUGUCGUCGAUCCUAAUCGUGCGUGUAACCUUUGCAAUUUCUGUCGUGAUGGUAAAUAUCAAUACUGCCUAACCGGCGGCAAAGAUACUAUCAUCGGUAUAUGGCGAGACGGUGGCUGGGCGCAGUACGUGAGGUGCCCUGAGGAUCAGGUAUUUGCGCUGCCUGAAGGAAUGACGACUGAGCAAGGUGGUCUCUGCGAGCCGUAUUCAUGUAUCACCCAUGGUUUCGAUCGUGUCUCCCCCCUCCCUGUGGGCACGAAGAUUUUGAUCAUCGGCGCUGGAAUUAUUGGUAAUCUCUGGAUAACGACUCUUCAUGUUCAAGGCCACAGGGAUGUAACCGUGUCCGAGAUGAACAAAUCAAGACUUGAUAUUGUCAAGGGUUUAAACACAGGCUACAGGUUAAUCACACCGGAUGUUCUGGGUGUCGAAAAACAACUCUAUGACGUAAUUGUCGAUUGCACAGGGGUUGGUAAAGUUAUGGAAAUAAGUUUCAAAUAUCUGAACUAUGGUGGCAAAUACAUACUGUUCGGAUGUUGCCCCCCCACGCAUCAGGCUUCGUUAAACCCAUUCGACAUCUACAGCAAGGAGCUGACGUUGAUCGGCGUUAAGAUAAACCCGUUCAGCUUCCCAAAGGCCAUCGGUUUGUUGAAAGCUAUGGGGGAUAGGUAUCUCAACUAUGAAAAGUUGGGCAUAAAAACGUACCCUUUGUCGUCCUAUCAAGAUGCGUUAAACGAUUUGAAGACGGGGAAAAUAUCGAAGGCUGUUUUCAAAAUCGAGUGAUCAACUUACGUUUAGCGCAAUCUACGUUUUAUUCGGUGGAGCUAGGUUCGGGUCAAAAUAGAUAAAAGAAUGUUUAGCAAUAAUUCGCAUAGAGCUGGAAAUAGGAACAGAUAGGUAAACAAAUGGUAUAUCAAUGAUAUCGUCGCUGAUCCCUCGUCUGUAACAGCCUUUUAAAUGUUCCAUUGUAGGGCUAAGUCCUCUCUUUUGAGGAGGAGGUUUGGAGUUUGAUUUUGCUUGCCUUGGUUUAAAUCCGCAAUCAUCGGUUAAGAUGCAUUUUAACCCUGGCCUUCUCUGCUAAGUCGAAUUCUCGCAUUUUUCUCGCAAACGGAGCCGUGAUGGUCCAUUGUUGACAAGACGUGGAUAAGAAUUUGCCACGUAUAUCCUCUACCUCUAUCCAACCAGCAUAU